AUGUCGAACAAGCCUUACAUUGUCUUUGGCUACGGGUCUUUGAUCUUCAAACCGCCUCCGCAUGCGAUCAGGCAAGUUCCCGGAUAUCUCAAGGGCUACGUGAGGCGAUUUGCCCAGAAAUCUCAUGAUCAUCGGGGCACCCCAGAGUCUCCCGGCCGAGUGGUGACCUUGAUACACAAGGAAGACUGGGACGCAUUCUCUGGUGCCGACCCCUUCCCGGACGACGACAUCGUUUGGGGUGUGGCGUACACCAUCGAUCCCGCCUAUGAAGCCGAGGUUCGGGACUACUUGGAUUACCGCGAGAAGGUGGCUUGGACCUCCGCGCAGGACGGCUACACCCUCGAGGUCCUGGAUGUAUACGGCGUGGGGGAAGACGGUCAGGAGAAGGUCGUCGCCCAUGACGCAGAGUGCUAUGUCGGGCGAAAAGACAAUCCGUCCUUCAUUGGCUCGGAACCUUUAGAAGACCUCGCGCAGACGAUCUGGCGUUCCGUCGGCCCAUCUGGGCCUAACAAGGAAUACCUCUAUCGUCUCGCUCACGCUGUCCGCGAGCUCGCGCCACACUCUCAUGACUCGCAUCUCUUCGCGCUCGAGACUAGGCUGCGUGAACUGGACGCAGAAGCCGGCUUGACGGACACACCCGGACGCACAUAG